AUGUCCUCAGCUAUGCUCAGGAACAUCAGAUUCAACUCGACUGAAACCAUGAAGGUCAGCCAUGAGCAGGAGCAGGAACUUCUUGUUCAGCAGAGAAAGAACCGUCCAGUGUCUCCUCACUUGCAGAUUUACCAGCCUCAGCUUACAUGGUACUUGUCUGGUUUGCACAGAGUUACCGGUGUUGCCAUGUCCGGUGCUUUCUACGCCUUGACUGUCACCUACGCUGCCUCUGCUAUCUUGGGUUUCCCCUUCGAGGCCUCUACCCUUGUCUCUGCAUUCGCUGGCUUGCCAUUUGCUGUCAAGCUUGGCGCUAAGGCCGCCAUGGCCUUCCCAUUCACUUUCCACUCUUUCAACGGUCUCAGACACUUGGUUUGGGAUUUCGGUAAGGAGUUGACUAUCCCUGGUGUCUACAGAACCGGUUACGUUGUGUUGGCUUGUACUGCUGUUUUCGGUACUUACUUGACCUUCUUCUGA